ACACGAGGGCCUUAACACGCAUCUAACUCAGUAGACAUUCAGAAUCGGAGAGGAUAAUGGUCUGAAAGUUUCACCGCAGCUACCUUAGCUCUUCAAUUCUGUUUCCGCCAUGGGCUCAGUCAACAUUUUAAUAUUGGUUGGCCUCUUUAUCAUAGGCCCAGCUUUGUGUCACCAUCCUCCGACUGAAAGCAGCCUGACACACCUUUCAGCUCCAUCUCCAGGCAAACGCAAUGAGAAGGAACAUCAAGCUGAAAUUAGCUAUGAACCAGUGGUCAAGCCGCAAAAGCGAAAUUGGAAACGGAUACAGUGGACUCCGGAGGAUUGCAAAAUGAAUUGCUUGAUAGCCGAGGGCUACAUCGUUGGGGAUUUCGAAAAAAAAAUUUUACCGGACCUCGAAAGAAAAAUUAUAGGGAUUGCGACGGGGAAAUUAGAUACGCAUAAAGGCUGCGUCUGCGAAGCCAACGAAAAACUGCUCGAUUUCUUGGAGGAGAGGAAACUCAUUAUUUCCGAUUUCCUGGAUGCUCGGAAAAAAAGCGUUACUGCUGGCAACGCUUGGUUAAUCAACCAUAGAUUGACUCCCCGAUACUUUCAUGGGGUAAGUCCAUAUGAACGGCGUGGCGAGUACGAUCAGGCUCUGGAGAAAUGCGAAACGAAGUGCAGAGAAGACGAUGGCUACCUCUUCGGGUACUACCGCAUAAAGCGCUUAUGGAUCUCAGUAGCGAGUGUAGACGUGCGAAAAAACUGUCAUUGCAAAGUGAACCGGGAACUGCUCUACUUAUUGAUAGGCAUGAAUUACAAGUUAUCCGAUUUCCUGGAUGCUCGCAAAGAAAGUGUUGGGACUGUCAAAACUUGGUUGAGGAAGAACAGAUUUAAUGUACUAUACCCUUAGAUACCCUAAGAUGCUACCCUGGACCGAAAAAUCCGGAAAACCAGUAACAGCCACUGCAUCAGCCCACAGUGCGACCCCCUGUGGACAAAAAUAAAAAGUUCACAAGUCGACAUCUGAAUAUUUUGUUUUUGGAGUUUGUUAUCUGAAAGAUAUUCCGGACUCAAAAUGAUGGUUCAUUUUCAAAUUUCUCGCUCCAAACUACUUCAAAUUCGGGUAGAAAAUGGGCGGGAAAUGGGCCGAGAAUAGCUGAUCCAUAAGAAAUACACGAGAAAAAGACGCCAACUUCAAAUGAAGAUUUCUCGCUUAAAACACAAAAUGCUCUGGGUGGUUGACAUUUUCUCAAUCCUGAGAUAUCCAACUUCAAUUCUACCAAAAAGAUCUUGUGACUGUUUGCGACUAUUAAAGAUAUUUGAGGUUAA